AUGCUUACACAAACAUACGAAGAUAUCUCAAUUGAUCGUGCUCAAGAACUUGUCUACGAAUUAGAGAAUUUCUAUACGGGUGUUCGAGACAAUCUUUGGACAGAAUGUGGGCCACCCUUUGAAAUAGAUAAGAUUUUUCAUUUACAUAUUAUUAAUACACGUUUGUAUGCUGCAUUUUCGCAAGCUACUUUUGGUCGGUUUCUUCAUCAUUCACCAUUCUGGUCCGCUCAUCCACCACCUAGUGAUUUACAAGAGCGAUGUGGUGAUCAAGUGAACAAGUUGAGAGCUCAUGGUGUCCAAGUCACCUACGAACAUUUAUGGAUACCACCAAUUUGUGGAAAUAAUGAAAAGGACUUUGUUGAUAGCAACAUAUGGCGUUGUGAUCUAUAA